CAGUGAGUCUCGCGAUGUUCUGUAUUACAGCUGCGCUCUGGAUGAUGUGAAGAUGACUGCUUUAGUUACGAAAGUACUGUAGACCAUUACAAAAGGACUCAAUUGGAGCUUGGAGCAAUAUGUGAUGUGGUGACACUGUAAUUAGAACAUGGCUACACCUCCAGUCGCUGGGGCAGGAUUGCCGUCAGGACCUUUUCCAGGGCAGCAGGGACAGGCAGCACGGGAAGUGAACACAGCCUCCCUCUGUCGUAUUGGGCAAGAAACAGUGCAGGAUAUAGUCUUCAGAACCAUGGAAAUCUUUCAGCUUUUAAGGAACAUGCAGCUGCCUAAUGGUGUAUCGUACCAUGCAAUCACACACCAGGACAGGCUGGGAAAGCUUCAGGAACACCUCCGCCAGUUGUCAGUCCUUUUCAGGAAGCUUAGACUAGUGUAUGACAAAUGCAACGAGAAUUGUGCCGGGCUGGAUCCUGUCCCUACAGAGCAACUGAUACCAUAUGUAGAAGAAGAUGGCUCCAAACAUGACGAUCGCUCCUCUAACCAGUUUCGAUGUGCCAGUGAAGAGAGACGGGAGGUGAUGGAGGUAAAUAAGAAGCUGAAACAGAAGAACCAACAGCUGAAGCAAAUAAUGGAUCAGCUCCGGAAUCUCAUCUGGGAAAUAAAUGCCAUGCUGGCUAUGAGGAACUGAUCUGCAAGCAGCAUCUGUGUAAUCCUGAAGAAAGCUUCUGCUUUACAGUUCAUUGCAAGUGUUUGAAUACAUAGAAGAAAUGCCCAGGCUCAAAGGACAACAUGGUAAUUUGUAUUCAAGGACUGAUGCAUAAACAGUGACAUGAAGAGUGUGUAGGCAUAUCCUUUUAUGUUGUUUUUUUCAAGCUGCAUUAACAGCAUGCUUAUAAUAUGAAGAAUGUGUAAACCUAGUAAGUUUCGAUAGUGGUUUUAUAUUAUGUUGGUAUAUAAAGUAUUAUAAUGUUGUUCAGUCUAAAGAUUGUAUAAUGGUAUUACUUUUUAAUUAUAUUUGUGUUGUCUGCAAUUCUAUAAGCAUGUAUUGCUGUUUUUUUUUUUUUUUUUUUAGUUCAGGAAGAAAGACUUGCCUCAUGUUACCACAACAUUUUCAUGUCAAUUUUCAUUUUCCGUAUUUUUUUUUUUGUCAGACUUUGUUUUCAACUUAAAGGUCAAGUUGCUACAUGUUGCUACAAAUGUUUAAAUGACGUACCUGUAAAUAAAUGGCCGCUCUAGUGCACUGAGGUUUGAGAUCUGUC